AAGUGGGAAUGUACCUGAAGUACAGAGAGAGAUCAGUCUGCAGCUACUGAAAGGGGAGAGAAACACAUACACUUUUGAUUACAAACAAAAGAGCCAGAGUAACAGGACUGGAGAAAUGAAGUUAAAAGGAUUCGAUGUAGCUCCUGAGUAGAAGUGAAAGUCCAACGUGGUCUCGCUAAAAUGACUUCACAGCGGCCCUUCCCUGAAGAUGACUUCGGCAUCUACUAUGUCCUGGCAGAGUGCACAGAUCACUAUGAUACCUGUCCCGUGAACGAGGCCGAUGAGAACCAGCCCCAUUUCCAGGGAGUGACGGGCCUGCGGAACUUGGGCAACACGUGCUACAUGAACGCCAUCUUACAGUGUCUCGGCAGCAUCGCACCACUGGUGGAAUACUUUCUCUCGGGAAAAUACAUUACUGCUCUUCAAAAGGAUUGCAGGGAGGUUGCUACAGCUUUUGCCUAUGUGAUGACAGACAUGUGGCUUGGAGACUCAGAAUGUGUCUCACCAGAAAUAUUUCGGUCAGCUCUUGGCAACCUCUACCCAGCAUUUAUGAAAAAGACACAGCAAGAUGCUCAGGAAUUCUUGAUUUAUGUCCUGAAUGAACUUCAUGAAGCUCUGAAAAAGUACCAUCGAAGAAGAUCAUACGAGAAAGGGUCUAUUCCAAGAUGCUGCAGGAAGGUGAUGACCAAUGAGUCCUCCAUCAUCACGCAACUGUUUGAAGGGCAGCUCAGCUACAGCAUCAUGUGUUUGAAGUGUGAGAGCUGCACCUACAAGAACGAAGUCUUCACCGUCCUCUCUCUCCCCAUUCCAUCUGAAUACGAGUGCUCUCUUCAGGACUGUCUCCAGUGGUUUUUUCAACAAGACACACUGACCUGGAAUAACCAAAUUCACUGUUCCUUCUGUGAAACCAAGCAAGAAACAGCUGUAAGGGCCGGUAUUUCCAAAGCACCAAAAAUAAUUAUCUUUCACUUAAAAAGAUUUGACAUUCUGGGUACAAUGAAAAGGAAACUGAGAACAGAUAUUCAUUACCCACUCACUAACUUGGACCUUACUCCUUACAUUUGUCCAGUUUUUCGGAAACACCCUAAAUAUAACCUCUGUGCAGUGGUGAACCACUUCGGUGACCUGGAUGGUGGCCACUACACUGCUUUCUGCAAGAACUCAGUGACCGAGGCCUGGUAUAGCUUUGAUGACACACGAAUCAGUGAGAUUCCAGAUACUUCAGUUCAAACUGCUACAGCCUAUCUCCUGUUCUAUAGCUGCCAGCCCUUUUCUAUAAGAAAAUGCAAGAGCUAGGAAAAAUGCUAUUUCCUGAAAAUUGCAAAACAAGCAAUCAGAAACUGGUACUUAAGUUUUGCUUUGUCAUUAAACUCUUGUAACUUAUUUGCA